AUGUCGACUGAAACGAGACCAAAUUACUCGAAACUUCUAGAGGGCUACAAAAACGUAGACGCGUUCCUUGCAGAUGAAGAAUAUGAAGAGGACGAAGAAAUCGUCUAUGUAACUCUGGACCUAGGAUCAGGUGUCGAUUCAGCAUUGAUUCCCAGUUCAAAGAACUAUCGCCUAAUUGGACUGGACACACCUACGCCGUUCUUACAACUAUCGGGCUCCAUAUUUCGAGGCAGACACGAUGAGUUGUUGGGAACCGAGUUGUUGUUCACAGAAGACGAGGCAGGCGAAUGGAGUAAAAGGACGAUGGCGCAUGUGGGGAGUACAGAGCGUCGCAUAGUGUUCAAAGAAGUGCAGCUCAAGGAGAAGAAAGCAACAUCACAACCACGACCCGGGCAGGGAACAUUCACAGUCGCCAUGUCUCAGGAGCUGCGACCAGACAUUGACCUCGACCGUCUCACAGGCAAGACAGGUCCGGUCAAAAAGGGUGGGAAACAGAAAGAGAGAGAGCGACAACAUGAAGGGGCCGAGACAGACGGAGAAAUGGAUGAGGAUCCUAUGGAGCUUGAUUCAGAGUCCGAAACUAUCCCAGACCUAUAUAAGGUUGCAAGCACUGUAAAGACAUCAUAA